AUGGUGGCACGCAAGGCGGACACGGACAAGGAGGACACGGACAAGGAGGACACGGACAAGGAGGAGACGGACAAGGAGGAUACGGACAAGGAGGAUACGGACAAGGGGGACACGGACAAGGGGGACACGGGCAAGGAGGAUACGGACAAGGGGGACACGGACAAGGGGGAUACGGACAUGGAGGCCACGGACAUGGAGGACACGGACAAGGAGGCUACGGACAAGGGGGACACGGACAAGGAGGAGACGGACAAGGAGGAUACGGACAAGGAGGCUACGGACAAGGGGGACACGGACAAGGAGGAUACGGACAAGGAGGCUACGGGCCAAACUACCCAGGAACACGGGAUAAAUAACCCUAAGAAUAAUAACAAUAAAAAAGCGAGUGACGAUAACUCCAAUGAAGGCGACGACACGUACGAUAGGAUGAGAAACAAAAGAAAUGUGCUAAGGAAGCCAGGGGAAAUACAUACAGGCACCAAUUCCCCUCACGAUUUAGAUGACCAUUCUAGCGAUACUGAGUAUGAGUUAAAUGAAGGUGAAGUUAAAAGAUUAAGACCUAAGAAUAAAAAAGGUGCAUCAUCGGACGAAAUUGUCGAACAUCCGUACGUAAAAGGAACAGAUGGAAGUGAAUUCCCCAAGAUGACCGGAAGCGAAAUGGGAAAAUACGGAACACACAACAAAGGAUCCGGCGAUAAUAAUAAUACGUAUGAAAACGGAUUUUCUCCUAUCACCGUGAAGUAUGACAACACGCAUGCUAAAAACAGAGCAAAGGAAAUUGAGGAAAACCUGAAUAAAGGGGAAUAUUCUAGAAUAAAGAUGGCCAAGGGAAAAAAAGGGAAUAAAUCGGGGGGAUAUGAAUCUGACGCGGAUGAAUCAGAUGUAGAUGAUUCCAACGUCUUUUACGUAGACAACGGACAAGAUAAGCUAAUUAAGGAGAAGAUGUCCAGAUCGGGUGGAUCCGACGAAACAUCAGAGGAAGGACUGAACGUAAAAUACAAAACACAAAAAGGGCCUGUAAAUUACCACUUUUCAAACUACAUGAAUUUAGAUAAAAGAAAUACGCUGAGCUCCAAUGAAAUAGAAUUACAAAAAAUGAUAGGACCUAAAUUCUCAGAAGAGGUAGAUAAUUAUUGCCGUCUUAAUGAACCUUUACAAAAAACAGGGGACUACCUAAACCUUUCUUUUGAAUAUUCCAGAGCUUUGGAAGAACUAAGAAGCGAAGUGAUUUCCGAAUUGCAAAGAAGAAAAUCAAUGGGAUCUAACAAUUACAAUAAUAUUUUAAGCGCCAUUUAUAACUCUAUGAAUAGAAAAAAUGCCAACUUUGGGCGAGAUGCAUACGAAGAUAAAAACUUCAUCUCAGGGGCUAACUCGUUUCGAAAUGAAGAGAUGCAUCCGUUAAGUGCCAAGUAUAACAAAAUUUUAAGACAAUACCUUUGUCAUGUAUUUGUGAACAACCCUGGAGUAAAUCAGUUAGAGAGACUAUACUUCCAUAAUUUAGCCUUAGGGGAACUGAUCGAACCGAUUAGGAAAAAAUACAACAAAUUGGCAUCCUCCUCUGUGGGUCUAAACUACGAAAUUUAUAUAGCAUCUUCUUCUAACAUAUAUCUAAUGGGUCAUCUCCUGAUGCUGUCCUUAGCUUACCUUUCGUACAAUCACUACUUUGUUCAAGGGUUGAAACCUUUUUAUUCGUUAGAAACCAUGCUGAUGGCCAACUCCGAUUACACCUUCUUCAUGUACAACGAAGUUUGCAAUGUGUAUUACCAACCCAAGAAAAUCUUCAAUAAAGACAUAACAUUCAUUCCGAUCGAAUCUAGACCCGGUAGACAUAGUACCUAUGUAGGGGAAAGGAAAGUAACUUGCGAUUUGUUAGAAUUGAUUCUAAAUGCAUAUACUUUGAUAAAUAUACACGAAAUACAGAAGGUCUUUAACAAUAGUGAAGCGUAUGGUUAUGAAAACUCCAUCUCGUUUUCGCACAAUGCAGUGAGGAUAUUCUCACAGGUAUGUCCAAGGGAUGAUGCCAAGAAUACCCUCAGCUGCGAUUUUGAAAAGUCUACUCUGUAUAAGCCUAAAGUCCUAAAAAUGGAUGAAGGGGAUAAGGAAAAUCAGAGAAGCUUAAAAAGAGCCUUUGAUAUGUUACGAACCUUUGCUGAAAUAGAAAAUUCGUCCCACCAGGGAGAACCCAAUCCUAAUUAUAUAAGCCUCAUUUUUGAGCAAAACUUAUACACGGAUUUUUAUAAGUACCUGUUCUGGUACGAUAACAGAGAAUUGAUAAACGUACAAGUUAGAAAUGUUGGGGGAGGAAAAAAAAGAAGGAAAAUCAAAUUUGUCUACGACGAGUUUGUCAAGAGAGGAAAGCAAUUAAAAGAUAAACUGAUCAAAAUGGAUGCCAAGUACAAUGCCAGGAGUAAAGCACUAUUAGUUUUCUACGCCCUUGUGGAUAAAUAUGCUAACAUUUUUAGGAAAAGCGAAAAUAUUAGAAAGUUCUUCCUAAAUGAUGUGUCAUCCAUACGUCAUCAUUUGUACUUAAAUAGUGUCCUCUCCAAAUCUCCCAAGUCUAAUUUAGACUCCAUGAAGAAGACACUAGAAGAAUUGCAGUCGUUAACAAACAGCCCACUAAAAUUUAUCGUGCGAGGAAAUAAUUUAAAGUUCUUAAACCACAUAGCUAAAUUUGAAAACUUAUUCUAUGUGAACUUGUUCAUAAUGUCAUCCCUUUCGAGAAAAGACCCAGUUAAGAGUUACUACCAUGAGAAAAAGAAAAUGCUAACUGCAACCAGGGCUGAGAAGUUUGCAACUUCUACAUCGGCGUUAAUACCACAUAAACUUCGAAAGCUUGUGGUGACUAUGAAAAAGGGACUCCUAAAAAAGAGAUUGCUAACCUCGCUUGCCAAGAUGAAACUGUUGCAACACAUUCCUGCACAUUUGCUAGAAAACAUAUUGACGACCAUCCGGUUUACUACGCAUACAAUCGCUUCUAGAGAAAUUAUUCAAAACGCGAAAUAUAUGCCAAAAAAUAUGACUUUUUAUCAAAGCCGAAAUGUGGAUCUAGCCAAACAGGUGUUUACAGACGGAGGAUUCGCAAAGUAUGCCGACAAUUUGAUGUCCACGUGGUUCACCAAAGGGUUUGAAGAGUACAAAAGAGAAAAAAUUGAAAAACAAAAAAUGGAAUAUUCAAUUGAGAAGGAACUGAAGGAGUCCAGCAAUAAUGAUAGCAGUGAAAGCGAAGAAGUCGCAGAGCAGGAGAAAUUACAGCAAGAGCAAAAUGAAUUAAAUGAAGAAAAAGAAAGACAAAGGCAAGAAAACAAAUUAAUUUUUAAUCAAAAUGACAAAUGGGAUCACUACAUAAAUAAAGAAUUCGCAAGGGCUUUAGGAGUAUGGCUAGAACUUUCGGACAAUUCAUAUAACAAGGACACCUUCAUCUACAAAGUUGUUGAAGAUAGUAAGUACCUACUAGAAAGUAACAUCGAAGAGAAUAUCAUGUUUUCCAGAACGGUCAAGCCAACGAAACAAACAGCGUUUCGAAAAUUUUUCAAAAAAAUUGUUUCCCUUGGAAAUAUGCUCCUGAGAAAACCAAGUUUUAAAGUAGAACAUGCCAUUUGGUUUGGAGCAACCAUCAACAUGAAAAAGGCAAUGAUGUUACUAGAAAAAGUGGCAGAGUUGCAUAAGCUUCUACGUAAUGAGGAUGAAUCCUGGCUGAUUAAUGAAGCCUUCAUCGAAAUUGUAGACCAUGUAGUGCAAAUCAGCUCAGAAAAACGUCUACGUGAACCUUUUAGUGUUGCUAGAAACCCAGGAAUGGCGGCUAUCAACCCGGCAUAUGCCCAGUUAAAUACUGAAGACAGAAUGAAAGAAUUACAAAAUUCGAUGUGCGCUGAUCAUUGUUCUGCUUUGUGGAAAACGAUUUCAACUUUUGCUUUGCAACAUUUGAAGAACCCAGAAAGUUUACAUUCUUAUGAAUCCAAAUUUUCUAAAAAUUCAUUUGGCAACAAAAUUGACGACCAAAAUUUUGUAAACGAUUUUAAAAUGAUCCUUGGAGGGGAUGCUGUCCUGCACUACUUCGACGUGUUACUACCGAAAUCUAUGAAGAAAGAAUUGAAGGCCAUGAAAAAUGGAGUCUCCCUAUCCUCUGCCUUCUCUCUCAAAUUAACCAAAAUCAUUUUUAGCGAAAUGCAAUUGCCUUACUUAAGUCAAAUGUUCUACACGCAAGCUCCAUAUUUUGGUCACUUCAUAGGCAAAUGGCAAAAAGAAAGAGAAAAAAGUAGGAUGAAAGAAAUACUAGGGUUCAUGACUCUGGGCACUUUAUCUGCAUAUACUUUAUUAAGCGCAAUGGAUAUAACUCAACACGCUACUGACAUCGGAAUGGGACCUGUCACCAGUUGUUACACUUCUACUAUCCCUCCACCUAAACAAGUAUGUAUCCAACAAGCUGUUAAAGCAACUUUAACUAACUCGACACAAGCUUGCAUGAAGAGUGUUUUCUCCGUUGGUUUAUUUGCAUCCAUUGGACCGUAUCUAUUCGCACCCAUGGCCGGUCUAGCCUUAUGGAAUGUUUUAAAAUCAGAGUUUAAAGUUCUGCAAAGAGUUGACAUGGCGCUCAAGAGUGUCUUUAAAAACAUGUGGAAGAAAUUUCUGUCAUUAAAGGGAAUUCGCAAACUGAAAUAUAUUUUCAAAAGAAGGAAGACCAUGAAAAAGAAAAUUAUCGAAAAGGCAGAACACAAAAUGUUGGAAAUGAAAAAAAAUCCCCAAAUGGCUAAGGAUCAUAAACUGGCCGUCCAAAAAAUGCAUAAACAUGCGUCGGGAAGUUACCACUACAUAUCAUACGCCCGCAUACAGGUGUAG